AUGAGCUCUAAACUGGUCAAGAAAAUCUUAUUUGUCCUAGGCGGCCCAGGCGCUGGUAAGGGUACGCAAUGCUCCAAAUUGGUAGAGAAAUAUGGUUUUGUCCAUCUAUCGGCUGGCGAUCUGCUGCGCGAGGAGCGUCAAUCAGGUUCAGAGCAUGGAGAGUUAAUUGACCGCAUGAUCAAAGAAGGUCAAAUCGUGCCAGUGAAAAUCACGUUGAAGCUCUUACAGCAGGCCAUGGUCAAGAGCGGCCGCGAACUGUUCCUUAUUGACGGGUUCCCACGCAACUUUGACAACCUGCAAGGGUGGCAGCAGAACAUGUCCGAAGAUGAAUUUCAGCGUGGUCAGACCAGCGGACGUACAGACGACAAUGCAGAGGCUAUUCGCAAACGUUUUCGCACGUAUCUCAAUUCGACGAUGCCUGUUAUCAUGCAUUACGAAAAGCAAGACAAGGUCUUCAAAGUUGAUGCCACUCCUGGCCCAGAAGAGGUUUUUGAGGCUACUGCUGCUCUAAUUGGUCCUCUCGUUGUCAACAAGCACGCUUAA